CUUGUGCGGGCGUGCGCUCUCACCUCUCGUUAUUCAAGCAUUUUCAUUGGAUUUUCCCGUGACAUAUCAUGAUUUGGGAGCUGAAAUCAUGUCGUCCGGAAAGAGAUGUAUGAAUACGUCAGGCAAAGGUGAUGACCCGAAGACGCAGCAGGCGGCUGGCUCCAGGCUGGGUGGUGGUAGUGCUCCUGACGGUACUUCCCCUACAGGUUGCAGCCCGCUGCACGUUCUACUUCGACUCGCGGGUGUCGACGUCUGGGAACUUCUCUUCGCCCGGUUGGCCCAGCCAGUACCCGCCUGGACUUCGCUGCACAUACAUCUUCCAGGCUCACAUGUUCCACGCUGUCCGGAUCACCUUCCAUGAUUUCCAGCUGGAGGAGCCCUAUGUGGCUGGGUGCCUGGCAGACUACCUGGACGUAUCUAGUGUCAACCUGGAAGGGGUGAAGGAGUUCGUGGGUCGCUACUGUGGGGGUAAGAUGCCCAGCCCGCUCCUCACCCUCCAUCCUCGCCUGGAGCUACUCCUCAACACCAACCUCGCCCUCCAAGCCCAGGGCUUCUCCGCCCAGUACAUCUUUAUACACGAAGAGACAGUGAAGCCUCCGGCGCUGGUGGUGGCGGGGAAGGAGGUGUGUGGGGGCUUAGUGGAGGGACCAGGAGGGAGCCUCAUAUCACCUGGCUUCCCCCAACACUUCCCUGGAGGACUGUCGUGCACGUGGCUGUUGCGCGCUCGGCCCCACCACCACGUGUACCUGUCCCUUCACCAACUUCAGCUUCAGGGCAGCAUAGCUAAUUGCCAGCGGGCAGAGUUGGCCAUUCAUGAUGGGUACCAGUCAGUGGAUAGAUUAGAGAAGAGACUCAAAUCUUUCUGUGGCGACCUUUACUACUAUCGCAACCAGGCUGACAAAGUGUUUCUCAGCCAGUGGAACAGACUAAUUGUCACUUUCAGAACGGGUGAAUCUUCUGACAAUACCACAAAGUUUGCAGGCUUUCAUCUUUACUGGACUGAAGUAUUACUAACAACACAAGAAAACUGUAGUAACCAGCAAGGUUUCUGGUGUCCCUGGUCAGUUUACUGUGUGGGAGUGUCCAUGGACGGUGGCUGCAUCACCACAGCCAACUUUUGCAUCCACCCCAGCCUUGUGUGUGAUGGUCAACCUAACUGCUCCCAAGGGGACCACUCUGAUGAGACUCAGUGUGAUGAUGUGGUAAUUAUUGCAACUGCUUCUACAGUUGGGAUAUGUGGAGUAUUAGUGACAAUAGUGAGUAUGGCCAUUGUGUGGGUGAAGUGGAAACGUCGAACGAUUCCUCUGACUUCAUCCUACACAGCUCAAACUCUUGUUACUACACCCUCUGUGUUCUCAACAACUCUCUCCAAUAGCAUGCAAGGACCUGAUCUUGGUGCAGAUGUUGCAUGGAUGGAGUCCUCUGUACCAACUCCUCCACCACCACCCUUUUUAUCCUCACCAUUACUGUCAUCCCACUAUUCCCUACACUACCCUCAUACACCCAUACUAUCCUCGCCCCCUCCUUUGUCACAUACUCAACCCAUUAUGUCCCCUCGCUUGUCCCUGCGUCCAACGCACUCAUCGGUACCAAUGCCGUUCACAAAUUCAUCACCAGUUUCAUCUCCACUACUGCCAUCACCACCAAAGUCAUCAUGGCCAUUGUUAUCACCACCAGCCACACCAACACCUCCACCACCUCCUCUCUCAGAAACAAGAGAAUCCAAAUGGCCAAAAUCUUUUUCUACUUCAUCUGCAUCACCUAAACAUAAAAUCACUGAUUCAGGUGAGGUAACCCACACCUCUGGUAAAAAUGAUAUACUAGUUUCAAAUAGUAAAACUGAAAAUGGUUUGGAAAUGCCAGUUUCAGUUUCUGAUGCAGGAAGCUCUGAGAGCCAUGUGUCAUCCCAGCCAAGCACUGUACAUUCCACAUCAACAUCUUCAACAAUACUUGAUGUCAGACAACUCAAUUUACCAGAAAGACAAAUUAUCCAAACUUCUGGUGAAAAUGUACAUAAACCACUAAUAACUUACAGACCUUGUUCAAACCACACACACUGUUCACACUGUCCAUACUCUGCUAGACCUAAUACUAGAUGUCACCAUCAGAGAAGGGCAUGUGGCCUUGUACGUAGCAACAGUUUACCUAAAUACAAUACCACAAGUACAGACCAAAUUGGCCAAGGAACUGUAUGUGUUGGCCAUUCAUGGCCACGUACCCCAACGCUCACACGACGUGGAUCAUGCAUUGCAGAGUGUGCUAAUGAUCAAGGAAGGGAAAGUCCAGAACAAGUUAGGUGUUUUUCAUGUUUAUCUACUCCAUCAAGAACAGUUAAGAAAACAACUCCAGUGACACUUCAGCACCGUGGCAGGAUAGGCUGGCCAUCAUCUCACUGGUGCCCUCACAUGAUUCAUCACUGUGGUUCUCAUGGCCACUUCUGUCAUGGAAAUCAUGCCAUUAUAUGCUCAACAUAUUCUCAAAUGAACAAGCAAUAAACUAUUGCAUAUAUAUGAAUUUGUAUAAUUGCAUUAUCCUUGCAUUUUUAUGCAAUUUCAGAUGCAAUUAGUUUUUCAUUCAUUCAAAACCAUUAGAACUAUAUAUUAUAAUUUAUAAAUUAUAAAAAGAAAAGAACAGCAUUGAAUAUAGUGAAAUGUCAAUUCCUGGGCGAGUCCUGGAGACUCCCUGACGCUAUGGCAUUGAAUCAGUGUGAUAGCUUCAGGGAGCUGACGGGGCUCAACCCAGAAAAGAUGUAUUGAUUGGAAAGUCUCCCAUGUCUCAAAUUUGCUAUCUCUUUUGGCCACCUCAGAAUUGGUUACACCCAACUUGAGGUUUCUUACUAGCAGUAAAGAUUUUAGACAUGUUGAACAAAUUAACCACUUAUAUUUCAUGAAAUUAAUUUAGGCCUAAGAUUUUAUAUUUUCAGUAUCUUUUUACAGUACCUACAUUAGUUUAAAAUGCAGCAUGGUAAUGUAUACAGUAGUAUAAUGAUUUAUUUGAUAACAUUAUUAUAUUUUCCUACUGUCAGUAACAUUAUGACAGGGAUUCCCUCCAUUCAAAAACCCAUGUUACCAAGGAUUUCUUAUAGUACUGUAUAAUAACUUGAUGGAAGAUCGAUGUAAGAAUAUCUAGUAACUAUGGCUGUUAAAUGGUAAAGUGAGAAAGGAGAAUGUCAUGGUCUAAUAACAUACAAUUUGCUGGCACAUUCCUUUUAGUCACUUUUCUGACAUUGACAAAAAUAACUACCAAUAUCUUUGGUUCAUUUAGGUACUUAGUUUCUACCUGCAUACUCUUGAUCAUGAACCACCUAUGCCAAAUAGUUUGUCUUUGCAUGCCUGUUAAUUUUCCUGGCAGUAGUAUCUUCCCCGACUCUUCUAGCCUUCAGUGAUAUAAGGAUUAAUUCCUUUAGUCUUUUCUUGUAAAUCAUAUACAGUAUCUCAGCUCUGGUAAAUGUUUGUUGGUGGUAUAUUUCUUGUCAUUUUCAGUUUUGUUUUAUGUUUAAGAAGAUAAGGACUCUGUGCUAGUGUCACAUAUUGAAAUAUUUGGUCUGACAAUGGUAUAUAAGGUCCUGAAUGACUCCAUAUUUUUAAAGGCAUUUCUUGUAUUGGCCAAUCUUACACAUGCAGCUGAUGAUAUCCAUUUGAUGUGGACUUCAGGAGACAGGUUUGGUCUGAUAUAAAUUCCCCAGUUUUUCUAUCCAAUUCUAGGAUUUUCUCCCCCAUUUGGUCCUUUGUGCCUGGUCUAUCAUUCUUAGUACCCAGCUUUAUUACCUUGCAGUUAAACUCUAAUAGCCAUUUAUUAAACCAUUCUUUCAGUUUGUCCAGGUCAUGUUUUUGUUUGUUGUAAUCUUUUAUCAUAUUUAUUGCUUUCAGAAUUUUUUGUCAUCAGUAAAUAUUACAAGGAAGGGGGUGUACAAUUCUUAAAGGGCAGUGUAAUAAUAAUAUAGGCUGGUAUAAAGAGCACCGGCUUGUGUGAAAGGUGCAGACUAAUGAGAUAAGUACAGGCCGGUGAAGUAAUCAGAGAAAAUUUAAAGAGUAUGAUGUAGGUGGUGUAUAUGUAGUUGUUUUAGUGAUUGUCUUUGAAGUGUUAAUUGUAAGGUCUGUGUUAUAGUUGAAUGUGGAUUUGAGGAAUGAGAUUUGCAGACAAAUACUGUGGAGCAGACGGGUUGAGAGGUAGGAGCAGAGGUUAGCUGAUUGGUUGGAUGUAGGGCCUUUGGUCUAGUGCUGAAACUGAGCCCAUUCAACAUUGAGUACAUGGACACCUCAGCUUACGAAUGCCCCUCUUUAUGAAUUUUUCAGGUUACGAACCCAAUUUCUUCGUAAAAUUUGAAUUGGGUUACAAGCUUUGCCUCGAGUUACGAGUAUGUUGGUACACGUAUGAGUAGACCGAGCGUGUGGUUCCUGGUGGUACGGUUGCCCGCGUUUCAGUUUACCAGUGGCUCCUGCAUAAUGACAAUCAUGCUCGAAUUCCUUGUAAAGAAUUUCAUUGUUUUUCUGCUUUUUUGGGUUUUGAACAUAAAAGUAAUUAUUAUAUAUAUCACACCAUGGGUCCCAAAAAAGUCAAUGGAAAGGUUCAAACUAAAAAAACACGUGUGAGGAUGACUAUAGAGGAAAAACAAGAGAUCAUUCGUAAACAUGAAAAUGGUACACGCAUUGUUGAACUAGCUAGGCAGUACAACAAGUCUUCAUGGGAGGAGGAGGAAGUAGAGGACAUCCCGUCCUCAUUAAUUAAGAAAAUAUGUGCAUUAUGGGAAGAAAUACUGCAAAGUUUUACUGAAAAGACUUGCCCAGAUAAAGCUUUAGCAGGCUGUUGCAUUGACCUUAUUAAUGACAAUGUGAUGUCUCACUACAGACAAGUUAUAAAAUGUAGGAAAAACAAAUGUCUUUAGACAGAUUCUUAG